AUGUUCUCCUGGCACGAACCACGUUGGUGGAACUCGUUCGUUAGAAGGAGAGUUUGGAUCCGGAAAAGGGCAAGGAGAAGACCUGCAGAUGUAGAUUCCUCUGGCCACUUGCUCAACUCCGACUACUUCACCAUUCGACCCGCGUCUUCUCGCAGCAGCAAUCGGCGAUCUGUGGCGAGCGUGGCUAGUAGCCGUCUUCCCAGCAAGUCUAGCAUAGCACGCACAUCUAUCAAGGAGAUGGAAGAGGCCCAGGAGAUUGAGAAUAUAGAAACGUUACUGUCGGUUCUGCGGUCAUCGAGAAUCGAUCGUGAGAAGAGAGAAGCCGUCGAAAAUUACCUUGAUCAUGCAAUGGACCUUAGCCAGCUUCAAGACGAGAUGCACGAAAUCAUGUCGAUUUUUGUUUUUCAAGCAUCACGGCGACAACUUCUGACCCAUUUGAUGCGUAAAUACGAUGACACGGCACGCAAGCUGGAAGACAACGACAACAAGGACGACAAAAAUCUCCUGGAGCGGAAGAAAGCCCUCGAGGCCGCCGUCAAACAUGCAGAAGAGGAGGUUAGCAAACUGGCCUACUGGAGUGACGUCAAAAAAAUGGCCGAGAGGGGGGAGCUGAGGUUGUCGCUCGAUGAAGAUCAGGGUUGGUACGAGUCACAUCCUGGUUUGGAUCGAAGCGGGCCGAAUGCGCCGAAUAUGGGCGAGUUGCCAUGA